AUGAGACUGCGCAGACUUGCUUUCACCCCUGUGUGCUCAUUUUUAUUGUGGGCGCUUAUUAUUUGCACUUUUUUUCUGUUUCCAUAUGCCAAGUCGAGACUUGACUCUAAAGAUCUUAUACAAUUUCGACCUCCUUUUUACAAACGUUUAGUCAGUGAGGAGGUUAAAGCACUUCCACCUAAACUUAACCUAAGCCCAAUUAACUUGGUUCUGAUUUCAACAUUGGAUGGCAACCUGCACGGUGUCGACCGGUAUACUGGCCAAAUUAUAUGGAGUUUAAAAGGUGCCGCCGAAGGUUCCUUGAUAAGAACAUAUACGCGUUCGUCUACCAAGCAACAUAAUGUUACUAGGAAUAAGGAGGAAAACAAUGAUAUUGUGAGGGACGGAGACAAUGAUGACAAAUUUCCAUAUACCGUUAAAUAUCUCGUGAUGAAUUCACCAUUUCGUUCUGCUGACGGUAAAAUAUUUAUUGUUGGCAGUAAAUCAACAAAAUUCCUCGCCAUCGAUCCUGCUACUGGAAAGAUUCUACAAUUUUUCAGUAGUGACGGAGUAGAGAAAGAAUGUCCAUCCAUGGGAUCGGUACCUAGAGAUGCUAUAUUUAUGGGUAUUAAUGUCUAUAAAAUAUCUAUCUUCGAACGUGGCAUACCAAAAUGGAAUACUACCUACACCGAAUACGUACCGCACAGUUUCGAUUUAAAAAUUGAGCAGUUGCACAAAACGUCGCCCGAUGAUCUAUACAUCGCGUCAACUCAUAACGGAGAAGUUCUUUCUACCGAGUCUUCAUCUGGUCAACAUGCUUGGUAUCAUAAAUUUUCUUCUCCGGCAGUUAAUGUAUUUGACGUGUUGGCAUCAAAGGAUCUACCAAGCGGUCUACAUAUCGUAAGACAACCUCGACCUUCCGACACAUACCAUCAACAUCUGAAAAAAUUACACCCUUCUUCUCAACUGGCAGCAUAUAUAGGUGAUAACGACGGCACAUUAUUUGCCAUGUCGGUUGAGAAUUAUCCAUUGACACAAUUCAUCGCUGAUUCUUUAUGGUUCGAUUAUUAUAACAAGCGAAUUUCUAGCGAAAAGAAAAAUGAAUCACAAGAUAAUGGAGUUCUUUGUCGCCCUGGUUCUAGUAUAUACCCAGCGUGUUUGAUCGGAAAGCAUAAUUUAGUUACUGGGGAACCGCAGCGCCCAGGCAUUGAAGGUCCUCCGGUCAGAAAAAACAUAAAUCCCAACGGUUUCUUGUUUGAACCAGAAGCAAGGUCAAUUGCGCAGAUUGGUUUGUCUUGGGCCUUUAUUAUCUUUGCCGUUUCUUGUUUUGUAUUUUUGAAUAAAGUACUAAGGAAUGGAAGUCAUCGUCAGUCCUUCAAGAAAACUAUAUCGUCUUUCUUAAACUUUAAAACACAAUACGCCGCCAGUAAUAAUGAAUUAAAAGAUGAAGACAAAGGGAAAUUUUCUUCCCCCAAAGUUCAAUUUCCUAAAGAAGUGUUACAAAAAACCGAGGUACUUGAGGAUAUUCCGGUUGCUAAUCCUCAAUCGACCACGAGUGGGAUAAACUCAACCGAACAAAGUAUCAAUACAAAUGGCGAAAUAAAAUUGAACUCGUUGAUAGUAUCCGACAUAAUUUUAGGUUACGGAAGUCAUGGUACAAUCGUAUAUAAGGGAACGUUUGAAGGACGUGACGUUGCGAUUAAACGGUUGUUACUUGAUUUUUACGAUGUUGCACAUCACGAAGUGUCACUUCUUCAAGAAAGUGAUGAUCAUCCAAAUGUAAUUAGAUAUUUUUGUAAGGAGCAAUGUGACAGAUUUUUGUACAUUGCCCUCGAACUAUGUCCUGCCUCAUUACAUGAUUUGGUUGAAAGGGGUUCGACGUUUCAGUAUGCAGAUUUAUUAACCUCAUCACACCCUUCCAAAAUCCUUCAUCAAAUCAUUUCCGGUUUACAUCAUUUGCAUUCAAUGAAAAUUGUUCAUCGAGAUAUAAAACCACAGAACAUUUUAAUUUCACCUUCAAAACAUAAGAGAAUAAUACAAAAGGAUGGUGUUUCACAACAAACCUUUCCUGUGAGGGUAUUGAUUUCAGAUUUCGGAUUAUGUAAAAAAUUGGAGGGGGAUUCCAGUAGUUUUCAUAAUACUACAAAUAAUGCAGGUGGGACUAUUGGUUGGCGAGCACCAGAAUUGCUUUCACCAUCAAUACCGCCUUCACCAGAUGGAAAUAAUAAUAAUAAUGUUGAUUCGGUUUGGACAUCCGUAGAUCGAUUGAAUGAUAAUUCAUUUACUUCAUCAUCAUCAACAGGAUCAGAUUAUGAUAACGGACAACCACGAAGAGUAACAAAGGCGAUUGAUAUUUUUUCAACGGGCUGUUUGUUUUAUUAUGUAUUAUCGGGGGGUGAUCACCCGUUUGGUGAUCGAUAUUCUAGAGAGAUAAAUAUUUUAAAAGGAGUUUAUGAACUAACAAAGUUGGAUGGAAUGGGAGAAGAAGGAAUUGAAGCAAAAGAUCUAAUAAUGAGAAUGAUAGAACGAGAUCCAAAAAAACGACCAAAAGCGGAAACUGUAAUGUUACAUCCAUAUUUCUGGUCACCGUCUAAGCGCCUUGGAUUUCUUCAGGACGCGUCCGAUCGUUUUGAGAUAGAGGAAAGGGAACCUCCCUCACCAUUACUUCAACGAUUAGAACAAGGUGCAGUGAAUAUUAUAGGACCAGAUUGGUAUAAACGAAUCGAUAGAGUGUUGGUGGAAAAUUUAGGCAAAUACCGAAAAUAUGAUGGUUCUAGAGUGAGGGAUUUAUUAAGAGCGUUAAGAAAUAAGAUUUCCUCAAUUGAUGUUGCACGUGUAUUAUGUGAUUGCUGA